CGGGCACCCGGACUUCAAAUUCUCAAUUUUCUCAAAGAUUAGGAAACACUUUGAUGUUCCCGGAGUCUCGCACCUAGAAAGUGCAGCCGCAGAUGGGGUUGAAGCCCAACUUCCUGUGCCCGCCUCUUCCUAUCAGGACUGCACAUCUAAUGAGAGUUGGGCUUCGGACAGGCGUACAGAAGGCGCUCGAUACAUGCUCUCUUUGUGAAUGAGUACAAGCAAUCCGUCGUCCAAAGAGAGGGAGAUACCGAAUCAGAAGCUCAGAGAGGCGAAGUGACCUCCCCAAGGCCGCACGGCUCGUAAGUGGCCGUUACCGGAUUGGAAACUUGCGGUGUCCGGUUCCAAGUAGGUGCCAAGUGAAGUUCCGGAAAACAAGAGAAGAGGGGGAAAGUCACCAGGCCACUGGAGCUAGCAGCUGUUUGGAAGUGAACCGCUGCGGAAGGGGAAGGGGAGAGCGCGGGCCAGGCUCCGUGGGGGCCGAUGACCGGCAGACAGAAGGAUCUGCACUGGGUGCUGAGUUUGUUCCUUGUGCUGCGGAUGGUGGAGACGGUGCCCGGGGCCAGGGGCCCAUUUACAGGGACCCACAUGAGCUCCCCGUUUUCGGCCUCAGAUGUGAAGCAGACCCCCACGGUAGACGUGUAUAUCCAGGUCUGUCACGAAGACCGAGUGCGAUGGUGCCCGGCACAGCGUGUGGCAAAACAGUUGCUGACGACCUACUGUGUGCUGGGCACUGUGCAAGACUUUGGUGGCGAGUGUCGUGAGGUGUGCAGCCUGAACGUCUCUGACCGCUGUGACUUCAUCAGGACCAACCCUGACUGCCGCAGUGAAGGGGGUUACCUCAACUACCUCGAGGGCAUCUUCUGUCGCCUCCCACCCAACCUGCUCCCUCUGGCCGUCACCCUCUAUGCUGUUUGGCUGCUGUACCUGUUUCUGAUUCUGGGAGUCACCGCCGCAAAGUUUUUCUGCCCGAACCUGUCAGCCAUUUGCACCUUGCUCAAGCUUUCUCACAAUGUGGCAGGCGUCACCUUCCUGGCCUUUGGGAACGGUGCACCUGAUAUCUUCAGCGCCCUGGUGGCUUUCUCGGAUCCGCGCACCGCCGGCCUGGCCCUGGGGGCUCUGUUCGGUGCGGGUGUGCUGGUGACCACCGUGGUGGCCGGUGGCAUUGCCAUCUUGCGCCCCUUCACGGCCGCCUCCAGGCCCUUCCUCCGGGACAUUGUUUUCUACAUGGUGGCCGUGUUCCUGACCUUCACUGCGCUUUACCUGGGCAGAGUCACGCUCGCAUGGACCCUGGGCUACCUAGGCUUGUACGUGUUCUAUGUGCUUACCGUGGUUGUCUGCACCUGGCUGUACCGAUGGCAGCGGAGGAGGUCCCUGGUCUAUUCCAUGCCAGGCACCCCAGAGAUGCUGUCAGACUCUGAGGUGGAACCAGUGUCUUCCAACAGCUACGACUACAGCGAAGAGUACCGGCCGCUUCUCCUCUAUCAGGAGACCACGGCUCAGAUCCUGGCCCGGGCCCUCAACCCCCUGGAUUACAGGAAGUGGAGGAACAAGUCUGUGUACUGGAGGGCCCUCAAGGUGCUCAAGCUGCCCGUGGAGUUCCUGCUGCUGCUCACCGUCCCAGUUGUGGACCCCGACAAGGACGAUGGCAACUGGAAACGGCCCCUCAACUGUCUGCACCUGGUGAUCAGCCCGCUGGUCUUGGCCCUGACCCUGCAGUCGGGCGCCUACGGCAUCUACGAGAUCGGUGGCCUCUUUCCUGUCUGGGCCGUGGUGGUGAUUGUGGGCACAGCCCUGGCUGCGGUGACCUUUUUUGCCACAUCCAACAGUGAGCCUCCCAGGUUUCACUGGCUCUUUGCUUUCCUGGGCUUCCUGACCAGCGCCCUGUGGAUCAACGCAGCUGCCACAGAGGUGGUGAACAUCUUGCGGUCCCUGGGCGUCGUGUUCCGGCUGAGCAACACCGUCCUGGGGCUCACGCUGCUGGCCUGGGGGAACAGCAUCGGAGACGCCUUCUCAGAUUUCACGCUGGCCCGCCAGGGCUACCCGCGGAUGGCCUUCGCAGCCUGUUUCGGCGGCAUCAUCUUGAAUAUCCUGGUGGGAGUAGGGCUGGGCUGCCUGCUCCAGAUCUCCAGGAGCCACGCGGAGGUGAAGCCUUCACACCCAGUGCGGAGUCCCACGCGGGACUUGAACUCACGGCCCUGAGGUGAAGAUCGGAGUUUCUCUCUCCUCAUCUUUCUCCUGUCCCCCAGUGCGAGAACAUUCCCGUCUCAGCAGCAUAUGCUUGCUGGGGAGAGGUGUCACCUGAACUUGUGACAAGUCAGAAUGUGUAGAAUAUUUUUAAAAUAGCCUGAAUGCAGGGUUGACAAAAAAUGUAUUCCUUGCAAGUUCCCAGGGUAAUUAGGAUAUAGCUUUGCGGCAGGGGUGGGGGGGUGGGAGUAGGGGGUCAAGAAGGCCCUUGGAUUUAUGUCCCGGUCAGUCACUUUAAGUCUCCUGCCGUGUGACUCUGGGUGAGUUAGGACAUCCCUGGGCCUCAGUCUCCUCACCUGGGAACUGGGUGAGAUGGCGCCCCCACAAGCUUCCCUGAUAGCAUGCGUGAGGCAAGGGCCAGGCCGAACCCCUUUGCCCAAACUGCCCACAGAGGACAGGCCAGGAGGGAGGAUUAAGUCAGCCCCAGCAGGGAGCCUGGCAGAUUUGGAGAAGGUUCUGAGACGCACUUCGUGGAGGUUCUUAACGCUUCAAGGAUGCCCGAGGGGUGCAGGAGACCUCCUGUCGCAGGCGUUCCAGCGGGUGGGGGCUGGAAACUGCGUUUUACAAGCAGCUCCCCGGGGACGGAUGAAGGUAGGCGGCUUGAGAAACCCUGUUCCAAACAAGGUUGAAAACGUCAGCCCUCACCGGGACCAGGGAGGCACCCCAAACGUGUGCGUGAUUCACGUGGGCCUCAUGCGGCCAGAUAGUCCACAUUUUCUAGAGAAGAAAUCAGGAUUCCCGGGGGAACUUUCUCAAACGUUGCUCAGGGCAAACGGGAAGCCGCCCCAGGCAGAUUCGACCCCGCCCCGGCCACCAGUGCCUCGGGCAUCUCUGUUCUUAAGGACCCACCGCCGGGGCCCCCCACGCGAGAGCAGCUGGGGUGUCGUGGGCCUGAAAGGCGACGUUAUCAAUGGGAACCGUCACCCAUGCUUUCCCUGAGGGGCUCUGCUUGGUGGUGACUCUUGCGGGGGGGGGGGGGGGGGGGGGAAUGAAGGUGGGGCGGGGCCCGCCGUCGGCGUUGCCGCCCCCACAAGCAAAUAGCUACUGACUGCUUGGAAAGUUUGCUUUUCCAAAAGGUAAACACGGGCUGCAAAUUUUGUUUAGACGCUUCACGGUUUAAUAGGUUUCUUUCAUGAUCCAUUCCCGGGCAGUUCCAGUUAAUGAGGAUUUAGGGUUGGCUCCCCAAGGGGCCGAUUUCUUCCUUUCUCUUGCUCUUUGUGGGGUGUGUGUGUGUGUGUGUGUGUGUGCAUUCCACUGCCUUUGUGCGGAGUUUAGGGAUGGAAGGCAUCACGGACGGAUGGCCAAGGGCUGGUGUUGGGUGGAAAACGCAGCUGCUCUUAAGCACUUCGCCUACGAUUCCGUUUCUGGUUUCAGGACGGACGUGCAGGUCUCCGUGUGUGGAUCCACACGCGUGUGUGCAUGUUCGUCCCUGGGCGGGGAGGCAGGAUAGGGUGUCGUCGGUAAGAGCUUGGACGUGGACGUGGGCUCUGGCACCAAUUACUGUUUCCUCGCCUGUGCCUUGGGGUGAAGACGCUCCCCUCACAGGUCGUCGGGGGAGGUCCUUACCCCGACGCACA